AACAAAACUGUGCUCUGUCUACUAAUAAGAAGUAGCUUUGGUUGGAACGAGGAGAUCCGUUGCUGGAACAAGGUGCUAAUAAUUUGAUCGAUCAGGUUUGACACAGGUCAGCUUCGGGACAGCACGCCUCCCUCAUUCCUUCUCCCCACACCCGUACCCAGCGGCAUAGAUUGGAUCUACCUCAACGAGCGUUCUUCUAGGGUCAUUGAUCUGCUAUGUGACCAUCUGACCUCGAUCUACAGGGCGUGACCAUUUCAAAUAUUAUCAAGACUGGUUCUUAUCAAGACUGGCUCUGAGUGGCUGUGAUGGAGGCCAAACGAGUACCCCUGAGACCCCAGGACAGCUCCAGGGCUAAUCAGAACCCUGUCAAUCAAGACAACAAUCUCAUGAAGAAACCACUGCCUGUGCAGAGAGAAGCAAAGUCAGCUAAGACAGUUAAGACAACUAAAGCAGACGGUCAGAAAGACCAAGAUGGUGGCAUGGGAACUACCAGGAAUAAGUGGUCCCUGGAUCAUUUUGACAUAGGCCGUCCACUGGGUAGAGGCAAGUUUGGUAAUGUGUACUUAGCAAGAGAGAAGGAAACAAAGUUCAUCGUGGCUAUUAAGGUGCUUUUCAAAUCCCAGUUGAGGGCAGCUGGUGUUGAACAUCAGUUACGAAGAGAAAUAGAGAUUCAGUCUCACCUGAGACACCCCAACAUCUUGAAGCUUUAUGGUUACUUCCAUGACAAAACACGAGUGUACCUUAUACUGGAAUAUUCCCCUAGGGGGGAGCUGUACAAAGAGCUACAGAAGUGUGUCAGAUUUGACGAAAGCAUAACUGCCAAGUAUCUUUGCCAGUUGUCCAAUGCCCUAAAGUACUGUCAUGCCAGAAAUGUCAUACACAGAGAUAUCAAGCCUGAGAACCUCCUGCUGAGUUUCAGAGGAGAGUUGAAGAUAGCAGAUUUUGGUUGGUCAGUCCACACUCCCUCAGCCAGGAGAGCAACUCUGUGUGGUACACUGGAUUAUCUCCCCCCAGAGAUGAUAGAAGGCCACACUCACGACGAGAAGGUGGACUUAUGGAGUCUGGGCGUCCUGUGCUAUGAGUUUCUGGUGGGGAAGCCUCCGUUUGAAGCGGAAGGACAUGAAGCAACGUAUCAGCGAAUCCUCACAGUCGAUCUUCAGUUUCCACACUACGUGAGCAGUGGUGCCAAAGACUUGAUAUCUAAGCUAUUGCGUCGUGAUCCCAACCAGCGUAUUUCACUGGAUGAGGUCUUAGCCCACCCAUGGAUAAAAGAAAAUACAGUUGACCUAACACCAGCUGCUGCUACUACAAACAAUCCUAAAGGAAAUUCUUAACCCAGAGUCAUUUGGACCCGACAGCUGAAGGAAUGCUGUAAAUUUCUACAUUAUACAUAAACCAGUUUGUGAUAUCAAAGGCUAAAAUCAAUUGAAACCAAAAAUUAUCUGUUUAGAUUGAAAUGUGAGUGGCGUAAGCAGUCACACACAAUGCUAUAUAAGGAUUGAAUGAGCUGUUAAUCUGUACCUGAUAUUAUACAGGCCUGAAUGCCAUAAAAGAUGGGAUACCAGAUAUUGUAUGCUGUAACACAAUGUAACAUUGUACAUAAUGUGGAACUAUUAGCUUUCCUCUGGUGUGGUGCUCACAACAUUUCUGUGCUGAAGUUGGUAAAAAAAGGGAAAAUAUGUAGGAGUAUUUUUUUUAUCAUCUUUAUAAAAUAUUUAAAAAAGGCAUGGGAGUGAGGAUUCUGAUGCAAAAAAAGAUCACCGCCUUUCAUGUUGUACAGUGUAAUAUUUGUAACUAUGUAAGUUAACUCUUAGUUAACAGCUGUGUGUUCAUCACAUGCUAUUAGGAGGCUUGGUUGUUGUGCAUGUGUAACCUCUUUACCAUUACAUGUAACAAGGCAAAGUCUUAGUUUUUGUUAAAGCUGUAUUGUAUCGAAACAUUUUCUGCUCCGAUAACAGGUUAUUUUGUUUUAUUAUUUCUGUUUUGAGCUGGAAAAAGGAAGUUAAGUGUGUUUCAUUUUCCUUUUUUUCUUGACUAGGGGACAUGCAUGUACAGUGCUUAUUAAUUUCAGUCCCUAUGUGCUAACUUUGUACCUAACCAUUUCCCUCUAGUCCUAAAAUUUUUACCUCUUUUCUUUUGGCUCAUCAAUAGUGUAGUAACAUAAUGAAUAUCAAAAUUGAAUAUUAAGCACAACAAAAGAUAGUUAAGAUUUAAACCGACUUGCAUAUAUUUGAACUUUGUAGCAAGAUAUUUCAGAUCCUGGGUGUAAAUGUUUCCAGAGGCAUUGUCAUGUGCCCAUGACUUUCUUUCAUUCAUUACCAUUAAAAAUGAAAUCCAGUACAUUUCCAGCAUUGUCUUGCGCUGACUGGUUGCCUCCAAAUGCCUGUCAAUUCCACAUCAUAGUAACAUGUAUAUACUGUACCCUAUGCAAACUUCUAAUUGACAUGAUCGUAACCCCACUGUACACGAACCUUAUUGUUCACAUUCUUAGUGCACUUUGCAAUGUAAUGAUUACCUUUUAUUGCACAAACAAUAGGCCAGGAGUGAAGCAGUCUUUGUAAAGGUAGAGUAAUGUCAUAUAUUUUCAUAUGACCCGAGACCACUUUCACAAAAGUCGCAUUUCUCAUAACAUUUUUCAUAAAAGACUUUGUCUAGGUUAUAGUGCCUAAGGCGAUGUCAUUUACGAGAAAAUUUAGGAAGUUUUGUGAAAGUGACCCCUGUACUUUUUGUGUAUACAAUGGAUUCAUUCUUGUGUAUAGAUUAAGUUGUUAUUUUAACAAGAUCUAUUUAUAUAACAUCCAUUCAUAUAUCUGCAAUGUGUCACUCAUUUCACAAGAUAUUUAUUAACAUCUUAGAAAUAAUGGGACCAUCAUUAUGUUUCUACUUUUUUUUUCAAGAAAAAAGGUGUGGGUAAAAUCAUUUCAUUAGGCAAAUAAAAGGUUAUGUAAUAGAACAAUGGACAUCUUAAUGAUAUGUCACAUUACAUAGCCUAUGUGUAUGUUGUAAAUAAAUAGGCCUACAUCCAUUGUAUACUUGCAUUUUCCCUCUGUGAUAAGAAUAAUAAACGGUUGGUAGCAGGGUCAUGUACCCCUGCUCUACAUUGAAAGAU